AUGGAUCCAUUAAAAUACCUGUUCAAAAAGCCGGCAUUAACAAGCAGGAUCGCAAAAUGGCAACUGCUAUUUUCUGAGUUUGACAUCACUUAUGUCACUCAGAAAGCAAUCAAGGGGCAAGCACUUGCCGACCACCUAGCAGCACACUCUUUGCCUGAUUAUCAACCAUUGAAGACCUUCUUCCUUGAUGAGGAUAUCCUCUUUAUCGAGGGAGAAGAAGAGAGGAAAGCAGGAGAAUGGACACUCUUCUUCGACGGAGCCGCUAAUUCAAAAGGAAGUGGAGUAAGAGCAAUACUCUAUUCCCCUGAUGACGUCUCGAUCCCUAUCUCCAGACGGUUGGCAUUUAAUUACACCAACAAUGUGAUUGCAUAUGAAGCAUGUAUCGCCGGUCUAAGAGAAGCCAUCAUCCUCAAUGUGAAAAGAUUGCGAGUCUUCGGAGAUUCACAACUUAUCAUCAACCAGACAAACAGUGAAUGA